ACGUCGGCAACAACUUUAAAAAGACAACCAUUAUAGAAGUAAUUGUUUUGAUGCUUGUYAUCAUUUUCAGUUGUAAUUCUAAGCAAAUAAUCUUGACAUGAUUACCAAAACAUUAACCUUGAACGCAGUCUUYCUUCUCAAGUUGAUUUUCUCCUCGUCUCACGUUAAAGGUCAUGAAGAUGUGUUUAACUGCUCAAAGUAUAAGUUUAUCUAUAACAAGAACCUCASAAAGAACUGGACGAACAGUUUUGAAGAGUGUCGAAAAGACAAUGGUAGACUGGUAUGCAUUGGGACCAGAAAUGAGUGGGAAUUUAUAGUGAAAACAAUACAAACUCUCAAUGUAACAAACACAGAAUGGAAUAUUGGUCUAAAAUACGAAGGAGGGGAAUGGAAAUGGAUAGAUGGGAAAUUAUUGAUUUGGAACAAUAUAAUUGGAGAUUGGCCGUGGCACARAGGUSAACCCKACRGCAUCAAGGMAAGGAAUGCAGUUUAUGUGAAAAUGUGGGGAAAUAUGGGACUGUAUGAUAAUGUACAMGGCUACAAAAGACUGUCAUAUAUAUGCGAAUAUUCAAACGGAACUCAAUCUACGACGAACAUGCAAAUGACAACUCAUGCAUCAACAACCCAAAAACGUAUGAAAACAACAUCGACAAACGUAGGACGUGAUGAUCUGAACACUAAGAUGAGAACAACAUCGACAACUUCCACACUAACUAAGACAACACCAUGGACAACUAUUGGACACCAUCGCUAUACAGGCACGACUAGUACAUCUCAUACUACUCAGGGAUAUCAACAUGCUUCUACACAAGGACAUAACCAACCUCAAAACGAUUGUCCAACGACAUACCUGGUAGUCGCCCUGUCAGUUCUCCUAUUUCUAUAUGUCUGUACGUUAGUAGCAGGGGUAUACUACUGUAAAAAGAAGAAGAAAGCAGCUYCUACAGACCUAAAAGAUGAUGAAAUCAAAAUGACUCCCCACUACAUUAACGUCAGGGCUGAUUCAAAACCAGUCCCCGCUCAACCUACAAACGACCCUACGUUAUCGACUGGUACCUAUAAAAAUGUUUCCCCUCAAAAGGCGAAACCUAGCUCAGUAGGGGAGAAGAGAAUCGUAGACAGUGCAGUGCUUGAGUUAAAAAAAACUUCUCAACAAGGUUUAAAGAUGAACGAGACAAAAGAAGGAGUAUACGAGACGAUUGACUAGGAACA